UGUACUAUGUUCAUUAUUAUUCACUUCUAUAUACAUUUAAAGAUCCUUUUCUGAACCAAGAGUUAUUUAGUAAUAUUUCAGUUAACUUCCAUAUACACCCCCUUGUUGUUCUGAUCUCAUUGUCUCUGGCUGGAGAACAGCUUGUGUACCAGUGAUCCUUUGACUAAGUCAGCUCUGCUCAGCACCAUGUCCCAUGGGAGGACAUAAGCAGGAGAGUGAGAGUCAUGACUUGAGAAGCUAAUGUGAAACAGUGACCCAGAGGCGGGUGAACAGAGAAUUCAGAAACUGACGAGAACUGAGCCUGAUACCUGGAUUGAACUUGGUUCCAGACUGACCUCUAGCAUCCAGGACCCCGACCCAGGACCAUGGGACCCCAGCACUUCAGCCCUGUGCAGCUGCUCUGCCUCCUAGGGGCCAUCUCCACUGUGCCUUGGGCCACGGCUCUUUUAUGCUACGAAGCAACAUCUUCACUCUUCAGAGCUGUUUCUCUCCAUGACUGGAAAUGGCUUCUGAUGAGGAGCAUGGUAUGUAAGCUGAGUGAGGGCUGUGAGGAGACGCUGGUGUUCAUCGAGACAGGUGAAGGGACCAGAAGGGGAGUUGUGGGUUUUAAGGGCUGCAGCCCAGCCUCAUCUUACCCCCAGCAAGUCUCCUACCUCGUUUCGCCACCUGGAUUGUCCAUCGCUUCCUAUAGCCGCGUCUGUCGAACAUACCUCUGCAAUAACCUUACCAACUUGGAUCCUUUUGUGAAACUCAAGGCCAGAGCUCCUAAGUCUACAGCAUUUUCUUCCCAUAGUUGCCCGACCUGUGUGGGCGAGCACUCUAAGGAUUGCCUCCCAAAUUUUGUCACCACUGAUUCUUGCCCCUACGACGCCUCUCAGUGUUACAGUUCCACCUUAAAAUUUCAGGCAGGCCUUCUCAAUACCACCUUCCUCCUCUUGGGCUGUGCUCGUGGACAUCAGAAACUUUUAGCAGAUUAUCACCAUAUUGGGAACAUCAGAGUGACUGAGGUCCUCAACAUCUUAGGGAAGGCCCAGAGAGCUGGUGCAGAGCCCUCCAGUCGGAGUCCUGCUUGGAGCAUCCUCUCAGGUCUUCUGCUGGCCUUCAGGGACUGAGAGUCUAGCUGGACUGGACAAACCCCUUUCCGUAACCCAGUAAAGUCACAGAGUUGCCUUUCUGCUUUGUCCUGUGGUCCAUGAGGACUGUGGAGGCAUGGAAGGUGUGAGGGGAGCCAAACAUACCCGGGGAAGUGGAGGGGAGAAGCAGGCGGUGGGUAUGUGCAUGGUGAAGUGAGCAGGGGGUGGUGGGGAGGAGGGUCAUUGGCAAAGUGACAGUCAUGCCCAGCAACCAGGAGGACCCCAAAAAUUAUUUUAAAGUUUAUUUUUUUUAGUAACCUCUACACCCAAUAUGGGGCACAAACUCAUGACCCUGAGAACAAGAGUCGCACGCUCUUCCAACUGAGUCAGCCAGGCACCCCCCCUCAAAUAUUUCUUUUCUCCUCCCCCUUCUUGUGACGACCUGAGCUCUAGCCCAGUCAGCCACUGACUCAAGAGAUCCUGGCCAAAUCUCUUCCCUUUUCUGGGUCUCAAUUUCCUCCCCAUUAAAAUGAAAGGCCUGGGGCGCCUGGGUUGGCUCAGUUGUUACACGUCUGCCUUCGGCUCAAAUCAUGAUCCCAGGGUCC